AUGGCUACCACAGAAUCCCCUUCAUCUUCAUCGUUCGCCAUGCGCUUCUUUGGCAGCUCAAAAGCCAACUCCCGGCCGUCAUCUCGCCCCGCUUCGCCGGCAAGGCAGAAGAACAUUACGUGCCGGAUCAACGUCGACUCCUAUGGUUGCUUCAUGAUGCACCGCAACCGCGUCGACGAGCAGUCACUCGGCACCAGCACCUCUGUCGCACCCAUGUUCCAUGACCGCGAGAUCAGUGGCGUGCUCGAGGUGGAGGUCCCCAGAGGCAUGGGUCGGCGUCGGUGUCGAUCCAUCAAGUUGACCAUGAGGAGCGUGUGUCGGCUCAACAUGGGCGACAAGCGGGGCUGGGAAAAGGACGUCCUGUUCAACCGAGGCAUCGAGGUGAAAGGUGCAAUCAUUCUCGAGGAAGGCGUACAGAGGUUUAGCUUCGCCAUUGUCGUACCCUACUCAUUGGCGCCAUACGACGUCACCCCGCUCGGCGACGUGAGGAGCGACCUCAUUGCCGAGCUGGUAGGCUUGGGAGUCACGUCUGUCGAUGCGCCAUUGUCAUGUAACGACAACCCCGACCUCCCACCCGAGGACAAGAUCUUGAAGAACAUGACCGUCAGCUGGAGCGAGCCUGUCGCUGCCACUGGCGAGGAAGUGCCUUGGCUGCGUGGUUCAGUCACCCAGACGCGCAGCAUUGGUUUGAUAUACAACCCGGACCCGAACAAUGGCGUCAACGCCCUCGAUGACAACGCGCGUACCGCCAUUGACGGCUUGGGCCCCAUGGAGCUCCGGUACUUGUCUGAUGUGUGGACUGUCUCGGCUGUCCUGAAGACGAACGCUGUGUUCCCCGACCCCUCGCCAGGCGUAACACUCUUCUACGCGGCUGUCUAUCUGGAGCAAAAGGCAACAAUCACAUCGCCACGCGACCCAAAGCCGACCGAGCCAAUCUCGUCAACCACGCCGUUCCUCGUCUGGCAGCAGGGCACAAAACCCGCUCCUGGAGGCAGGCUGGGGCGGGACACGCCUGCUCUCUGGCGUGGAAAGGAGGCAGGAGGAAAGGACGAGGGCUUCAUUCGCAUCACGGGUAUUGGCCGAUUGCCAAAUGACCACACCGGUCGCCCAUCCACUCUUGAAGGUAUCGUCACCCCGAUACACGUAUCGCACCAGCUCGUCUUCCACAUCUGGUACGCAGUGGCAGGCGAGGAUGUGCGCGGUAACAAGCUUCCGCCCAACGUCCAAAACCGCACUGGUUCCCUCCGUCUCAUGAAGCACCACAUCAACACCAUCAUCCCGUCGUGUUGCUGCAUCCCCGAGCACCUUUCAUUGCCGACUUAUGACUCAUUGAACGUCCACGACCUCGGCCCAUGUGCCUUGUGCAAGACUCCCUUCAAUGAGCAGGCUUGCCCCACUUGCGUCACAACCUUCCCCCACGCGCGCCACGACCACGAUCCGAGGAUGGUCGGCAACCUCAACGGCAACUGUCCAGUCUGUGAACUUCGCUUCACUUCGACAAUUGACGACUGCAACGAGUGGAAGAACUGUGCAUGCGGCUUUAGCUGCCAGUCGCUCGAGGACAGAAUGCAGAGCGUCUUGACGGACGACCUGCCGCCUUUCCUCACCCGACCGUGCACCCCGCCACCCAAGGAGGCACCGGCGUGGUAA